GAGAGAGAGAGAGCGAGGCAGGGAGAGAGCGAGAGAGGGAGAGAGAGAGAGAGAGCAGAGAGAGUGAUUGAAUGGGACAGAUUGGGAGGUGUGAGAAAAAGCGAGUGAGUGAGGCAGAGAGAGAGAGAGAGAGAGAGAGAGAGAGAGAGAACAGAGGACAACAACAUAGCAACAGUGGAGGGAGAGCAGGCUUAGCAGCAUAGAAAAACACCAAUAAAAACACUAUUCAACGCUACACUGGAUUGGAUCCACACUGGACAACCUGUGUGUGUGUGUGCGUGAGUCAGCCUGGUUGUGACAUUGCGUGAGAGUGUCUGUGUGUGUGAAUGUGUGAGAAACAGAGAGCGGUUGUGUGUAUGAGAGAGGUAAUCCGAAAGAACAUAAGUGUGUGAGACAACCUGUGACUGUGUGUGAGGUAGGGGUUUGUUGUGUGUGUGUGUUAUAGACUGUACCCGACUAUGAGUUGCGCAAUGCAAUUGCAGCAUUACUUCUGAAGAGAGGAGACACUGAAGAGCGAACACUGCAGGGAUACUUGUGCAGCUGCUCUUGUGUCAGACACACCACUGUAGUGGACAGCGUUAGAGCCCACGGCUGGAGAGGACAGGACAGGACCUCUUGCCUGGAUAUUACCAUAGGGAUUGUACCAUUUUGGGAAGAUCACAGAGGUGGCAUAGACAAUACUAUACAGGUAGAUUGUACCACUGGGACGACGGGGUGAUUGUGUGUUUUCAGGAUGAAUCUGGACCCUGUUCAGGUGAUGACGGGGCAGUCUAACCCAAAGGACCCGACGGCUGCCCCUGUAACUGCCUCGUCAAAUGGAGAUGGCAAAGGAGCCUGGGAAGAGAAAGAGGAGUUUGACCACCUGGGUCUCACCACAAAACCCCUACUGCCCAAGCCUGAGAAUGCCGUGACCAUUGCGGUGUCAUCCCGGGUCCUGUUCCGUACUGAGACGGAGCAGAAGGUGUAUGAGCAGAAGGGGGUAGAGGAGUACCUAAGGUAUCAGGUGGAGCACGAGAGCGAACCCUUCGCCCCAGGACCAGCCUUCUCCUUCGUCAAGGCGUUGGAGGCAGUGAAUGCCCGUCUGAGAGAACUGUACCCAGAGAGUGAAGAACUGUUUGACAUCGUCCUGGUAACCUAUAACCACGCCCAUGUAGGAGUCAGACUCAUCAAUACCAUCAACCAUCACA